GGGUGGGGGGAAGCUUCCGGGAUCUUGAGGGUUAAAAGGGAAGUCUGACCAGGGGUCCCUGGUCAGAGGACUGUUUGCAGCCCACACUGCAGGGCAAGAGAUACUUCUGAGUCUCCUCCCUCCUUCCUCCUAGGGACUCACAGCCCUGCACUCCAGCCUCUGCAAGCCAGGCAUCAGCCAUGAGGGCCCCGCUUCUCCACCUCUCCACUGCCUUUGGCGCCUUGGCCCCGGUGAAGCUGCUGCUGCCGCUACUGAUGGUGCAACUCUCCGCCGUUCAGGCUCUGCUGCUUCCGGGAAACGCCACGCGCGUGGACCUCGAGGCAUCCGGCGCCCCGUGCGGGCGUGACUCACAUCCCUGGCAGGUCUCCCUCUUCCAUAACCUGCAGUUCCAAUGCGCGGGUGUCCUCGUGGACCCGAGCUGGGUGCUGACGGCCGCACAUUGCUGGAGGAAGAAGCCACUGAGGGCGCGAAUUGGGGAUGACCACUUGCUGCUUUUCCAGAAGGAGCAGCUUCGGUCCACGAAUCCCCCUGUUUUUCACCCCAAGUACCAGCCUUACUCAGGCCCCAUCCUGCCACAUCGCUCGGAUGAACAUGACCUCAUGAUGCUGAAGCUGAGCAGUCCUGUGGUACUGACGGCCAGUGUGCAUCCCGUGCAACUGCCCUUCCGGUGUGCUCAGCCAGGGCAGGAGUGCCAGGUCGCAGGCUGGGGGACCACAGCAUCCCGGAGAGUGAAGUACAACAGGAGUCUGAGCUGCUCCAGGGUAACUCUGCUCAGCCAGAGGCAGUGUGAGGUCUUCUACCCCGGCGUGAUCACCAACAACAUGAUUUGUGCGGGGCUGGACAGAAACCAGGAUUCUUGCCAGAGUGACUCUGGGGGCCCUCUGGUGUGCGACGACACCCUGCAUGGCAUCCUCUCAUGGGGCGUCUACCCAUGCGGUGCUGCCCUCCACCCGGCUGUCUUCACGGAGAUCUGCAAAUACGUCCCUUGGAUCCGGAGAGUCAUUCGUUCCAAAUGACCAGCCUCUCACGCCCUUCAUCCCACUCCACCUGCCCACCCCCUCUCCUCCCCUCAUGCCCGCCCACACCCCUGAGCAUGUAUCCUCUUCCCUCACCCCCUGACCACUCCUGUUCUCUGCUCACAAUGGCAGAAAAUGGUGGCUGAGAAAGUUCUAGUAACUCAAGGAAGCUGGCAGUCUCCCAGUCUCUAAGAGAGUCAUUUAACCCGGCUUCCUCUACCUCGCUCCUCUGUGUGACUGGGACGAGCCUGGUACUCUCUCUGAGCCUUGGUUUCUUUGUCUGGAAAAUGGGGACAAUGAAUUGUCUACCUCUUACAUAUGCAGUAUGGAGACCAUGAUGGGAUGUGCGUGUGCGUGGAUUUUUACGGUAAUUGUCAUGGAGACAUGAACACAGUCUGGUGAGCACUGAUUAAACACUGCCUGAUCUGA